AUGUCUUCAGACAAGAUUGAGGAGUUGCCAGUUGUUUCGGCAACCCCUUCUUUGCCCAUCUUCCCCCCCUUGCAUAACACCGACAAACUGGUAACUCUUGAGCUUAAGAAUGGCAUUUCUGUUCAAGGUUAUUCUUUUGGUGCCGAUAAAUCGGUUGCCGGUGAAUUGGUUUUCCAAACCGGUAUGGUUGGUUAUCCUGAGUCUAUAACUGAUCCAUCUUACGAGGGUCAAAUUUUGGUAAUUACUUUCCCUUUGGUCGGAAACUAUGGUGUUCCUUCCAGAGAUGAGAUGGACGAAUUGGUUCCUCAAUUGCCUCGCUACUUUGAAUCCAACCGUAUCCAUGUUGCUGGUUUGGUUGUUGCUAGUUACACUGAAGAAUACUCACACUUCUUGGCUAAGUCGUCUCUUGGUACCUGGUUGAAGGAGGAAGGUAUUCCUGCUAUUUAUGGUGUUGACACUCGUGGUCUCACUAAACUCAUUAGAACCCAAGGUUCUACUCUGUCUAGAAUUCGUCUCCAAAAGGAGAAGGUCAACCCUGCUUUGUCAUGGGAUGAGAACUUUGAGGAAGUCGAGUAUGACGAUCCUAAUGUAAAGAAUUUGGUUGCUCGUGUUUCAAUCAAGGAACCCGUUCUCUACAAGCCUGCUUCUUCUGUGACUCCAGUUGUCGACAGCACUGGAAAGACUUUGCGCAUUUUGGCUAUUGAUGUUGGUAUGAAAUACAACCAAGUUAGAUGCUUCGUUAACAGAGGUGUUGAAUUGAAGGUCGUUCCUUGGGAUUAUGACUUUGUUGGUGCUGGUGAGCAAUAUGACGGUCUCUUUGUGUCCAAUGGUCCUGGUGAUCCAGCCACUUUAACUUCUGUUGUUAAGCGACUUGAGACUGUUGUUGAACAAGCUAAGACUCCUAUUUUUGGUAUUUGUUUGGGUCACCAAUUGCUUGCUUCUGCUUCUGGAGCUAGCACUUUGAAGUUGAAGUUUGGUAACAGAGGUCAUAACAUUCCUGCUACCAACUUAAUUAGUGGUAGAUGUUAUAUUACUUCUCAAAAUCACGGUUACGCUGUUGACGUAAACACCUUGAAAGAGGGAUGGAAGGAGCUUUUUGUCAAUGCCAAUGAUGGCUCUAACGAAGGUAUCUACCACACUUCCAAGCCCAUUUUCUCUGUCCAGUUCCACCCUGAAUCCACACCCGGUCCUCGUGACACUGAAUUUUUGUUUGAUGUCUUCAUCAACACCGUUUUGAAGCACAAGAAUGCUGGUGGCAAGCCAAUUGGUCCUGUUGAAUUCCCAGGUGGUACCAUUGAGGAGAACCGUGCUAAGCAUCCUCGUGUACACGCCAAGAAGGUCCUUGUUUUGGGAUCUGGUGGUCUCAGUAUUGGUCAAGCUGGUGAGUUCGAUUAUAGUGGGUCUCAAGCUAUUAAGGCUCUUAAACAGGAGGGUAUCUAUACAAUUUUGAUCAAUCCUAAUAUUGCCACCAUUCAAACAUCUAAGGGUCUUGCUGACAAGGUUUAUUUCUUACCCGUCAAUGCUGAUUUUGUCAGAAAGGUUAUCAAGUAUGAAAACCCUGAUGCUAUUUAUGUCACCUUCGGUGGUCAGACAGCUCUUAAUGUUGGUAUCCAAUUGAAGGACGAGUUUGAGAGUUUGGGUGUUAAGGUUCUUGGUACUCCCAUCGAUACUAUUAUCACUACUGAAGAUCGUGAAUUGUUUGCCAGAUCCAUGGAAGAAAUUGGCGAGAAGUGUGCCAAGUCUGCCACUGCUUCCACCACUGCUGAAGCUUUGGAGGUUGUUAAGGAGAUUAAAUUCCCUGUUAUUGUUCGUGCCGCCUACGCUCUUGGUGGUCUUGGUUCUGGCUUUGCCGAGAACGAAGAACAAUUGGUUGCAUUGUGUCAAAAGGCCUUUGCCGCCUCGCCCCAAAUUCUUAUCGAGCGAUCUAUGAAGGGUUGGAAAGAAAUCGAAUACGAAGUUGUUCGUGAUGCAUUCGACAACUGUAUUACCGUUUGUAACAUGGAGAACUUCGAUCCUCUUGGUAUCCAUACUGGUGACUCCAUUGUCGUUGCUCCUUCUCAAACUCUCUCGGAUGAAGACUACAACAUGUUGCGUACUACUGCCGUUAACGUCAUUCGUCAUUUGGGCGUUGUUGGUGAAUGUAACAUCCAAUAUGCUCUUAACCCAUUCUCGAAGGAAUAUUGCAUUAUUGAAGUCAAUGCUCGUUUGUCCAGAUCAUCUGCUUUGGCUUCCAAGGCCACUGGUUACCCCUUGGCUUUCAUUGCUGCCAAGCUUGGUCUUAACAUUCCUUUGAAUGAGAUCAAGAACUCGGUCACCAAGGUUACUUGUGCCUGUUUCGAGCCUUCUCUUGACUAUGUUGUUGUUAAGAUCCCCAGAUGGGAUCUCAAGAAGUUCACUCGUGUAAGCAAGGAGUUGAGUUCAAGUAUGAAGUCUGUCGGUGAGGUUAUGAGUAUUGGUCGUACUUUCGAAGAAGCAAUUCAAAAGGCGAUUAGAUCUACUGAUUACCAAAACCUUGGUUUUAACGCCACUGAGGCCUUGAUGUCCAUCGAUAUUGACGAUGAGUUGCAAACUCCUUCUGAUCAACGUCUAUUUGCUAUCGCUAAUGCUUUCGAUAGUGGAUACACCGUCGACAAGGUUUGGUCUUUGACUAAGAUUGACAAGUGGUUCCUUCACAAGCUAGAGAACCUUAUCAAGUUUGCCAAGAUGAUGGAGCAGUUCCAAUCUAAGACUAUUCCCUCUACUACUAUGCGACAGGCUAAGCAACUCGGUUUCGAAGAUCGUCAAAUUGCUAAGUUUGUCUCGUCCAACGAGUUGUCUAUUCGUCGUCUUCGUGUAGAGGCUGGUAUUACUCCAUUUGUCAAGCAAAUCGAUACUGUUGCUGCUGAAUUCCCUGCUUUCACCAAUUAUUUGUAUCUUACCUAUAACGCCGAUUCUCAUGAUAUUGAUUUCAAUGAUAACGGUGUUAUGGUCCUAGGUUCUGGUGUCUACAGAAUUGGUUCUUCUGUUGAGUUCGAUUGGUGUGCUGUUAGAGCUGUUCGCACUCUUCGUGAGCAAGGCACCAAGACCAUUAUGGUCAACUACAACCCCGAGACUGUCAGUACUGAUUAUGAUGAGGCCGACAGAUUGUAUUUUGAAGUCAUCAAUUUGGAGCGUGUUUUGGAUAUUUACCAACUUGAACAAUCCGCUGGUGUUGUUAUUUCUAUGGGUGGUCAAACUUCUAAUAACAUUGCUUUGACCUUGCAUCGUGAAAAUGUCAAGAUCUUAGGUACAUCACCUGAUAUGAUUGAUUCUGCUGAGAAUCGUUACAAGUUCUCUAGAAUGUUGGACAAGAUUGGUGUUGAUCAACCUGCUUGGAAGGAGCUGACCUCUAUUGAGGAAGCCGAGGCUUUUGCUGAUAAGGUGUCAUACCCUGUUUUGGUUAGACCCUCUUAUGUUUUGUCUGGUGCUGCCAUGAACACUGUUUACAGUCGUGAUGAUUUGGAGAGUUACCUCAAGCAGGCUGUUGAGGUUUCUCGUGAUUAUCCUGUGGUUAUUACCAAGUACAUUGAGAAUGCUAAGGAAAUUGAGAUGGACGCUGUUGCUAAGGACGGUAAACUUGUUAUGCACGUUGUUUCUGAGCACGUUGAGAAUGCUGGUGUACACUCUGGUGAUGCUACUUUGAUUGUUCCUCCUCAGGAUUUGUCUGCUGAGACCGUCAAAAGAAUUGUUGAGGCUACUGCCAAGAUUGGUCAAGCAUUGAACGUCUCAGGUCCAUACAAUAUUCAAUUUAUUGCCAAGGAUAAUGAGAUCAAGGUUAUCGAGUGUAAUGUUCGUGCUUCAAGAUCUUUCCCAUUUGUCUCCAAGGUACUUGGUGUCGACCUUAUCGAGAUGGCCACCAAGGUCAUUGCUGGUGUUCCAAUUCAACCAUACCCAUUGCAACAGUUGCCUGAGGAUUAUGUUGCCAUUAAGGUUCCUCAAUUUUCUUUCUCUAGAUUGUCUGGUGCUGAUCCUGUUUUGGGUGUCGAAAUGGCCUCUACUGGUGAGGUUGCUUGUUUCGGUCGUAACAAGUAUGAGGCUUAUCUUAAGUCACUCAUCGCUACUGGUAUUAAGCCUCCCAAGAAGAACAUUCUUUUGUCUAUCGGUUCUUUUAAGGAGAAGACUGAGUUGUUGCCAUCUGUUAAGAAGCUUCAUGAGCUUGGCUACAAGCUGUUUGCUACUGCCGGUACUGCUGAUUUUAUCCAAGAACACGGUAUUCCUGUUCAAUACUUGGAGGUUCUCAACGAGGGUGAAGAUGAGAAGAGCGAGUUUUCGCUUACUCAACACUUGGCUAACAACUUAAUUGAUAUGUACAUCAACUUGCCAUCUAGCAACAGAUUCCGUCGUCCUGCUUCCUAUAUGUCCAAGGGUUACAGAACUCGUCGUAUGGCUGUUGACUAUGCUAUCCCCUUGGUUACCAAUGUCAAGUGUGCCAAGCUUUUGGUUGAGGCUCUUGCUCUUAACAUUCCUUUGGAGGUUUCCUCUAUCGAUAGCCAGUCUUCUCACAGACUUCUUUCGUUGCCUGGCCUUAUUAACAUUGCCACUUUCGUCCCAUCGUUGUUGUCUGCAGGUGGGUCACCCGACUUUGAAAAGGUCAGCGAGGCUUCUUUGAAGGCUGGUUUCACUAUCACUCGUAUUCUCCCCACUGGUGUUGAUGGAUCUAUCACUGAUGCUCUCUCACUUUUGACUGCCCAAGAAAACACUCGUGGAAAGUCUGCGGUUGACUUCAACCUGUCAAUUGCUGCAACUGGAGACAACGCCUCUCAAUUGGUCAAGGCUUCACCAAAUGUUGGGUCUCUGGUCAUUCCUUUCAACUACUUCAACAACAAUCUUGACAAGGUAGCUACUGUUUCAGAGCAUUUUAACGUCUGGCCCACUAGCAAGCCUAUUGUGACUGAUGCUAGCUCGACUGACUUGGCCUCUAUCCUGUUGUUGGCUAGUUUGCACAACAGACCUGUUCAUGUCACAAACGUUCUCAAGAAAGCUGAUCUUGCCUUAAUCUCCAUGGCUAAGGAGAAGGGUCUUAAGGUCACUUGUGAUGUUUCUAUUCAUGCCCUCUUUUUGUCUCAAGUUGAGUUCCCUGGAUGCUCUCACCUUCCAACCAAGGAAGACCAAGAGGGUCUUUGGGAAGGCCUCGAAAGCAUUGACAUCUUCGCAGUUGGUGUCUUGCCUUCUCAAUUGGCUAAGAGUCUUGGACUCACAGUUGAAGCUGGUGUUGGUAUUGCUGAUGCCCUCCCUCUUCUUCUGACUGCUGUUCGUGAGAAUAAGUUGACUGUUGAAGAUAUCGUUCUUCGUUUGAGCACCAACCCCAAGAAGAUCUUUGAUCUCCAUGAUCAAUCUGGUACCACUGUCGAGGUUGAUCUUGACCGUCAAACAACUGUUUCAUCAUUCUACUCUAAGCCUUUGUACGGAACUGUUGAAAGAGUCACUUACAAUGAUAAGACUGUUGUUCUAGAGGGUAAGAUUGUUGUCAGUGAUUUCCAUCUUGGAAAGGACGUGUCUGGUCAUUCCAAUGCUGCUCAAGUCGUCCCUGCUUCUCCUUUAGUUAAAGGUGGUGCCGUCUUCGCUAGCCCUCGUCCAGCUUCUCCAACCGGUGUUAGUGGAUUCAACGCACAAGCUCGUAAGAUGUCCUUUAACGCUGUAUCAGUUGUUGCCCCUGGUGGACGAGCUGACUUGGAUAGUGCUCUUGUAUUGGAAGAUGAUGAUAAAUCUAAGGGACCUACUCUUAAGUUGGUCACCGAACCUCAGUUACCAUCCGCCUUGAGAAACGUUAUUAGAAAGAACAACCCAUUCUUGAGAAGACACGUUACCAGUGUCUUGGACUUCAGCAGAAGUGAUUUGCACUCUCUGUUCAGUCUUGCUCAAGAGUUGCGUCUUGCUGUUGAGAGAGUUGGUGCUGUUGACUUGUUGAGAGGACGAGUUUUGGCUACUCUGUUCUAUGAGCCUUCCACUAGAACAUCUACCUCGUUUGAUGCUGCUAUGCAAAGAUUGGGUGGUAAAGUCAUUUCUAUCACCACUUCUACUUCUUCUGUCCAGAAGGGCGAGACUUUGCAAGACACUGUUCGUACUUUGGCUUCUUACACUGAUGCUAUCGUUCUCAGACAUCCUUCAGAAGAGAGUGUUGCUAUUGCCUCUAAAUACUCUCCAGUUCCUAUCAUUAAUGGUGGUAAUGGAUCUAAGGAACAUCCUACUCAAGCAUUCUUGGACUUGUUCACUAUUCGUGAAGAGCUCGGUACCGUAAAUGGUUUGACUGUCACUUUCAUGGGAGACUUGAAGUACGGUAGAACUGUUCACUCUUUGUGUAGUUUGCUCAAGCACUACCAAGUCCGUGUUCAAAUUGUGUGCCCCAAGGAUCUUGCUUUGCCCGCUCACGUUUACGAUGAGCUUGCCAAGGCUGGUAAGAUUACUGUUGUUUCUGAGAAUCUUACUGACGAGAUCCUUGAGAACACUGAUGUCUUGUACUGCACUCGUGUCCAAAAGGAGAGAUUCCCCAGUUUGGAUGAAUAUGAGAAGUUCAAGAACUUGUAUGUCGUUGACAACAAGGUUCUUCGCAAGGCAAAGAAACACAUGUGUGUUAUGCAUCCUUUGCCUCGUGUUAACGAGAUUAGCGAGGAAGUUGAUUUCGACCAUCGUGCUGCUUACUUCAGACAAAUGAGACAUGGUCUCUUUGUUCGCAUGGCUCUUCUUGCUAUGGUCAUUGGCGUUGAUUUUUAA